GGCCUGAUGAUCUUGCUUGGAUGGUGGCGCUGAGCAGAAAAAACGCGAAUUUGAGGGAAAUCGUCAGACGGCCACUGUGCGUUGUGCAGUUUCAUUGUGGUUUUCGCUCUUUUCAAUCAGUCCCGUGUGAAUAAGCACGUUUCCACGUUCAGUGCGUGAAUCAUUGCAGGGUGAGCCACAAGACACAAACGGGGAUAGAAACGUUAAACGUGAAGUGACCAGAACGCAAACAUUCUGCUUUAGCACCACCACCAGACGAAAAACGGGACAUCACGCUGUCCGAGUGUGAUGAUGGGGAUGAGAAAAAUGAGUCAGUGAAAUCGCCUACCAUGGUGAUCGAAUCCGGAAGUACCGUGUGUGUUGCACUGUGUCGUCCGAGAAUCACCUAUCAUCACCAAGCCAGUCACUGCCUACCUCCAUUGGCCAUAGGGCAUCGAAGAUGUACGGCUAGAGCAGUGCAAGUCGUGUACAGUCGUACUACGCUCCCUGCUGGUGCACCCGUGCCGUGAGUGCGUGUGUGCGUGUGUUUGUGUGUGUAUGUUUUGUUUUCGUGAAUGAAGUGCAUUUCUGUGACAACAAAUCUGUGUGUGUGUCGCGUGCAGUGUAAGGUGGCAAACAAAAACAGGCGAUUCCGUGUCACAUUGCAUCGGUUGGUUGGUCGGUGGUGGUAGAAAGUAGGAAUAGCAGCUGCUCCAGCCAACAAUACGAUUUUAGUAUCCACGCAGCGCCACUUUGUGCAACAUAAACGCGGGCCCAACCGCGGAUUCCGUGGCAGCAGAUUGAUAAGCGACCUCAAACGCGGGGCGUAGCAGUCAGCACCAGCAAUGGAUUCGUUGCGGAAAUGGUUGAACAAGCCGAAGGCCGACGACAAAUCGCUUCUGGCACGAUUUUACCAUGCUGAUCGUGCGCUGACAGCGAUUGCCAGCGAGCUGGACAGUUUCGAUGGAAGGGCCGAGCCCGUUCGUUGCACACGACUUGUUAGCCGACUUCGUCAGGGACAGGACCGCGUUUUGGCGAUCACCAAUCAAAUCAUGGACGAACUGCUCGGUGACGAUCGUGCACAGCGUGCCUUUCGAGUGAAAUUUCCCGAAGAGGUGCUGCAGGAAAGCCUCGCCGGGCAGCUGUGGUUCGGCGCGGAGUGUUUAGCAGCCGGCUCGUCGAUACUGAACCGCGAGGCCGAGUCGGCGAAGAUGCGUCCGCUCGCAAAAGCGGUUACCAAAAGUCUCGAGAUUGUGCGGAAUCGCCUACGAGAGCAGUGCCUUCGCAAUAACACCCCGAACAGUCCAACAUUGCGGCUCGACUUCAACGAUGCUGCAACGGAGCAGCUGUACGAAAGUCUCAAGAUAUUCGACCGCCUGUUUGCGGAGUUCGAGCUGGUGUACGUCAGUGCAAUGGUGCAGGUGAAAACGAAACAGGAGUACGAAAUGCAAGAAUUGAUAUGCGUACUGUUCUCGGAAACGCUCCAGCGGGCGCUAAAGAUUGGGCUGCUCGACCAGGAACAGGUGGAUUCGUACGAUCCAGCGCUAAUGUUUUCCAUUCCUCGGUUGGCGAUUAUCGCCGGGUUGGUGAUCUUUCGCGAUGGGCCCCUGAAUAUGGAUCAGCCGGCAGAUAACAUUUCGGAGAUAUUUCGACCCUUCCGUAAGCUGCUCAUAAAGAUGCGUGAUCUGUUGCACACGCUGACAAAGCACGAGCUGUACCAGCUUGAAAAGCUGCUCUGCACUAACGAAGAAAUCAGUGCGAGCGAACAAUUGAUCUGUGAUGAAAAGAAUGGCGGUGGAGCAGGUGGCGAUACUGGUGCCAGUGAAAAUGUGCGGGGAGACAUUGAUGCGCACGAGCCAGUCGGCGAAAGCAAAGAGCAUGUGGUCAUUGUAACAACGACGACCAUCACUACGACAAACGCCAGCGAUGGGAAGACGAACGUCAACGAUGGUGAUGAAGGUGGUGUGCAUGUAGUUAGUCAAGGUUUUGAGGUGACCACAAGCAGCGCGGGAGGCGAACUGAAUGGAAGUGGAAGCAAUGGCAUCAACACCGAGUGCUGUAGCACCAGCAGAGCAAAGAAUCAGCACAAUCAAAGGCAUUUGCGACAGUGUUCGAAAACAGUCAGCUACGGUAGAGACACGGGAGUAGUGCAGCAGGAGAUAGAGCCGGAGGUAGAAGAAGACAAUAACAAUCACAUUCAUAAAGAUGAUGAUGUCGACGAGGAUGACGAGGACGACGAAGAUGACAACGAUCCGGAACUGAAGGAUGGGCUCGUUACUACAGACUGUGCCUCGGGAUACCUGAUACCAAACACCAACUUUGGAAAUCUACUACAGACAAAUGAGGCACCACUUACGGACAGUUUCAUUGCGACGGACGACGAGCUACGGUUACUUGGUGCGGACGUUGGCUCGCCAUCGACACAAGCCAACAUCGAUAGCAUCCUUACCGGUGCAACAAAUCCCGGCGGUGAACAGCAGAAGCUGGUGGACUCAGAUUCUGGACAUGGGACGGCAAGUCACAGCACGGAUAUGUCGCCGGAACUUGAAACGGAACGAACGGUGGCAGAGAAUACGGUGGAACCGAAGCUUAAUGCUGACGAUGCACCAUUGUCGACGGUAGUUUCAGCGGAAAGUAAUGCUAGCAAAUCCGUACGUAACCGUUCGAGAAGUGUCGGCAGCUUGCACAAGCCUCCUGAAAUCAGCGAAUCUUCGAGCGACGAUGAGGAGGAAGCGGAUGUUUAUGGGGCUGACGAUGUGGAUGCCGAUGAUGAUGAGGAUGAGGAAGAGGAGGGUGAUGAGAAGAAGAGUGCGGCAGACAUUAAAUUCGUGUUGGGUGGUUCGCAGAAGGACUACAAACUGUAUGAUGCCAAAGACAUCUCUGGCCGGCCAAGCUCCAGCCAAACGAAACAACCGCAGUAUAAUAAUCAUCGCAAGCCGAGCCACCAUCGGCCGCGAGCAUCAACAUCAACAUCGACGUCCUCGGCGUACCGCAAACCUCAAUCUCACCAGCAUCAUCAUCACCAUCACCACCACCAUCACCAUCAUUCCUAUUCUGCGGCGACAGAAGCUACCAGCUCGGUUGCCAGCACGACUACCACCAGCAACAGUAACGCAACGAACGGAAGUGCCCGCCAUAGCCGAAUGCAGCAUCAGCAGCAUCAGCGCAGUUCGUCCUCCAGCUGUGAUACAUCACCGACGCAGAGCGAAUGCAGUGAUGCGCAGGAGGUAGCACUAGCCAUCAGAGCGGCCGGUCGAAAUAAUUUCCAAACAACUGAAAACCUUCUACAUCGUCUGUUUGUGUGCAUCGCGGGUGUGGCAGAUCAAUUACAAACAAACUUUGCGGCCGAUCUGCGAAAAAUGCUGAGAAGCGUAUUCAUCAUGAAUUCGUCCCCGCCCGAGCCAGAGGAGCCUCCGGAAGCGAAUGCGCACGAGGUGGAAUCGAAGGAUAACCACCAAAACCCGUCCGAUUUGUUCGAGUUCCGCGCUAGCGAACAAGACGUUAUUACGGCGGACCAGCAGAACCAUAGCGGUGGCUCAAGUCAAAGCAUCUACUCCGCCGAGGAAGCAAACCCCGAGCAGGAUUCGGUGUUUGCAUCGUCCGGUGACUCAUCACCCGUACGCCGUACGGCCAGCGUAGAAACCAGCAACGUGACGGUGAACGUUUCCGUAUCGGUCGUGGCAUCGUCCCCGGUAUCGGUUGGUGGACCAAACAGCGGUCACAGCAAUAGUGCCGGAGGUGGGCGCACGGCCCAGGAACGUAGCGUUAGUUUAAGUGAAGCGUGCAUUGUCGUCGAGGGUGGGAAACCAUCGACCGGUACGCGUAGGCACAGUGCAAGCGGGUCCAAAAGCGACUAUGGCCGCAGUCGCAGCAGUCCAAGCAGUCCAAGCAAUAGCAAUAGUAAUGGUGGCAGCAAUCACCACGCCAACACCACCACAUCCUCAUCCGGGCGAGAUUUACACGUAGAGCAGCAGCAGCAGCAGCAACAUCUGUCAUCUCAGCGCAGGAUGCCGGAAGAGCCACCAAGGUGGAUCCCGGACUGUGAUGCCCCACGGUGUAUGUCUUGUGCGUCGGCUUUUACACCGUUUCGCAGAAGACAUCAUUGUCGCAACUGCGGCGGAGUGUUCUGUGGCGUUUGUUCCAAUUUAUCGAAACCACUACCAAAAUAUGGUCUGACGAAAGCGGUUCGCGUAUGUCGAGAUUGUUACGUGCAUGAGGUGGGAGUGUAAUAACGGUCUUCGGUUGGAAAACGGCAGCCAUGAACGAAACCUUUGGGGUUGAUGGUUUUCGUUUCGUGUUGCUUAAUGUGCUUAUUUUUUUUUAUUUCGUAUUUUUUGUUGUUGUUUUAACUACUUGACUGUAUUUUUGACACGUGGAAGCUACAAUUUUGUAAGCUAUUGUUCAGUAAUUGCUAUUUUGUUUUAUUCAAUAUUUGUGAUACACUUUCAUUAUUUGACCGAGGACAGAGCACGUUGUGUGAGAGAUGUUUCUUGUUUAUAAUUUUGUGUUUUAUCUUUUUUUUCCCCAUUAUUUUCUGUCUAAUGUUUGUGGACGAUUGUUUGUUUUUGUUACAAAAGGAAAGUCGUGAUGCUUUUGGUUCAUUUCGUUACAAAAUAAAAUAUUUGCGCGUUGUUUUCUAGAAUUCUAUCUCGAGCAGAAGAAUAUCUACGCACUAUUAUUUUAAUUGUUUACUCAUGUCAUUCGCGAUGAAAACCGCUGAUGUAACAUUACUUUCUCAAACAAAACAAAAAUUUCUAAAAAAGCGUUAAGAAAACGGCAUAACAUUUGACCAAUUCAUGACACCAAGAGCGGUUCCUGCAAAACACACAGGAGCAAUCGUUCAAAACAAUUAAAGGCAAACAAAUCAAAACAAACAAACAGUACCCGUGUGCAAUGCCGCUGUAGACAGUGCUGCUGUAUCAAAUGUUGUAUGAUGCGGCGCGUAUUCCAUUAAGGAAAAAAGAGAAUCCCCCGAACGAAUUAACCAAUUAAUAUUCAGCUCCAACACACAUUCCCCAGCAGCCGCAGAGCGAGAACCAAAACAAAGCAAAAAAAACAAAAUCACCGGAGAAUGAGCAUCCUUCCGGCUCGCUGCUAUACGAAAAACUUAGACAAAAGUAAAGACUCGGUUUUACUCGUACGAUUUGUGCAAAUGGUUUGAAAAUGUACGCCAGUUUCUUUUUCGCAUUUUCGGGUGGGGUGCGUGGAGGUUUUGAAAUGCAUGGAGAAUAAGAUUUAGUCAUUUAGUCUAAUUAUGAGCGCGAGCUUUACUGUGUACGUACCACCUGUGUUUGCUCCUAUUUCGUCACGCGCGGGUGUGAUGAUAGUUUGAUAUGUAUUUUUUUACUAUUACGAUUGUUUUACCGUUGUAUUUGAAUAGCAAAAUUUUGGAUUAUUAACGUAUUCCAAGCGUACGUAUCCUCCCCCGAGAUAUUCGAAACCGUAAUGAGAUGUUCACUCUCAUCGCCGGAAGCGCGUUCCUGUGUGCGUGUUUGUGUGCAAAAUUCCCGCCAAAAACAGAUGUGAUUUGCACGUGUGGCACGGGGAAGCAUAGUGUUAAUUGAAUUAAAGUUGCAAACAGGCAA